AUGUCGUCUGAGGGCGGCGGGUAUGGCGGGCGGCGGCGGCGGGGCGGCCGCGGGCGCGGCCGCGGCGGCGGCGGUCGUGGCGGCUACUUCCAGCACGAUGACCGCGGCGACGACGGCUACGGAGCGGCCGGGGAUGCAGGGCAGGAGGAUGUCUUCGAGGCAGGGGACCCUGCCAACUACUCGGGAGGCAACAACAUCACCGUGCGCAUAAGCGCCACCCACCGCGGGCCCCGCGAAGUCAGCGACACCACAGGCGGCAAGAGCCAGCUGCUUGUGUCUGUCAACAGCGGCGGCGGCGGCAAGGGCGACAAGCGGGUGGUGGUCGUGUCAGGCAAGGAGGGGUGGGAGUACCGCGACCCGGAGGGCCGCCUGCAGGGCCCGUACCGCCCCACACAAAUCAUCAAGUGGCUCAACCAGCAAUACUUUGACGGCAGCCUGCUGGUGCGCAAGGUGUCCCAGCACGGCAGCGGCCACUGGAGCCGGCUGGACGCGGUGCUCAAGGACGUGCAGCGGGAGGCGGCGCUGACGGGCGCCGCCGCCGGCGAGGCGCCGCCGCCCAGCCACGCGCCGCCGCCACCGCCCGCGGGCCGCGGCGGCGCGGGCCGCGGCGGCCGCGGCGGCACCGUGGCGGUCACCAGCCCACGCGGCGCGGGCAGCCGCGCCGGCGUGGACGUGAGUGGGUAUGUGGUGACGGCGCCGCGGCCGCCGCGGAGGCACGAUGCCCCGGCGCCAGACCUCUCUCACUUUGACGGCACCGAGCUCGGCGGCGGCUUCGCCGGCUACGGAGAAGGGCGCGGGCGUGGGCGGGGCCGCGGCGGCCGUGGCGGCGGUGACGACUACGGCGGCGGCGGCGGCAGGGAGGGGCGCGUGGCCCUGGGAACGGAGCAGCCGGUGUGGCGGUACAUCGACCCCGACGGAAACAUGCAGGCACGGCGGCAGCAGCUGGUGGUGGUGGUGAUGGUGGUGGUGGGCCCCUUCCCGGCCAAGGACAUGAUGAGCUGGCACGAGGCGGGAUACCUCCAUGACCUCACCCUGCCCAUGUGUGGCACGGAGCGCAAGGUAUCGCCGCCCAACCUCCCCACCCCAGAGUUCUUCCUGCCGCUGGGCAAGCUGCUGGCGUAUGUAAGGAGCGGCAGGCGCUUCACUCCCGUCCACGUCGACGACAUACGCGCGGGCAAGGUUCCCGAAUUCCUGCAGCAGCUGAAGGAUGGCGCCAAGCCCGCAGCCGCGGCGCCAGCCGCGGCGGCAGGCAAGGCCGCCAAGCCGGGAAAGGCGGCCAAGAAGGGGAAGGCGGCGGCGGCGGAGACGCCGGAGGCGGCGGCGGAGACGCCGGAGGCGGUGGCGGCGGCGGUGGCGGCCGCCGCGGUGCGCAGUGUGCUGAUCUCCCUGGGAGAGCUGGAGCCAGAGCCCAGCCCCGAGGAGGCAGAGGCAGAUGCGGCGGCGGCGGCGCUGGCGGCGGCCGCCGUGGCGGGCGCCCUGGCCGCAGUGGCAGCAGAGGAGGCCGGCGGCGGGCAGGCGCGGGAGCAGGCGGAGCCGGCGGCCACCAAGGCGGCCCCGACAGAUGGCUGUGCAGGCGAAGAGCCAGAGCACGACGAAGGAGAGGUUGUGAUUGAGGAGGAGCAGCAAGAGGAGGAGGAAGCGGAUGAGGGGCCAGCAGGAACAGAGGAGCAGCAGCCGGAGGUGGUAGCGGCAGCAGGUGGUGCCGGUCUGCCGCCUCCGCUGGAGGACCUGCCUGAGCCUGCAGCAGGAGAGGUGGCAGCAGCAGCGCAGGACGGCCCAACCGAACCAGCAGCAGCAGGCCGGGAAGAGGCUGCGGCGGCGCCGCCCCUGCCGCUGCUCGAGGCCGCCCCGGAGCCGGCAGCCGGGCAGGAAGGUGGUGGCAGCCCAGCGCCGCCGCCGGCGUUGGCUCAGGAAGAGGACGGCGGUGCCGCCAUUGGUGCUGGCGAGGAGCAGGAGGAGGAGGAGGAGGAUGACGACGCGUUUGUGGAUGCAUCAGAGGCCACCCCUGCCCCUGACUCGCCUGUGCAGCAGCAGGCCUGA